AAUAACCUUAGUCUUAAUCAAUGCGCUCCACUCAAAAUAUUACCUGUAAAUUGGUUUUCUGUCUGUUAUUAAUAGUCUGGUAAAGAAAGCGUACGAGCAAUAAUACACACGAAAAGUUUCUGUCACUUUCUUUUCGUUUAGUUUCCAUCUGUGAACUAGAUUAGGUCUGCGUAAAUAUCUGUUGUGUAAACGGUUGUUUUGAUCUCGGGUUAAAUAUUAGUGUGAUAAUUUGCGUACACUAAUCCUGUCUUAAGUAAAAUAAUAUGUGUUUUGUUCAUAGGUAAAUAUUUCCAGCCUUCCCAUUUUAAUGUGUCAGAACAUGUUUUUCUCCUAAGGAAAUAUCUAAAUCAAAGAGAUGUCGUCGUUUAAUGUAUAGUGUGUGGGGAUUUUAGUGUAUAAAACUCUUCUUUUAUCUACGUAGGUAAAUUUUGCCCUAAUGCUAAUAUUUUCUGCCGAAGAAUAUAGUCAAUACUUAUUCUGUUGAUCAGUAGAAUACAAAUUUUCAUAGUUUCUUAUUUUCGUUCAGGUAUUCAAUUAGAAUAGUUGUGUAUAUUGUAAAAACAGUAAAAAACACAUCUGCUAUGCAUGCAUGUGUUAGCUAGCCUUAGCAGUGUAGUAAACAUCGGCUGAGGUUAACGUGAUUCUGUAGCCUUGGUUUACCUACUGAUAGCACUCAGCGAUGAGUAGUUAGAUCCGGUAUCGAGAAAGUCCUCUUUUCCCCAGAUUUGAUAGACCUUAUUCCCGUCUUUUAUUUCAAGUACGCGAUUCGACAUGACCUUUGUGUAUAGAAAAUACUGAAUCCAUUCCUAAGUAUCAAACAAAUUUUCCUCAAACUCAUGAAGUCGUUCCUAGUCGGUCGUACAUAAAACAGAACCCCGUAUAAUUAUGUAUCUACUGUAAUUUCUUAAUUAGGGAGUUUGCAUGCCUCUGCACACUUCAACCUUACAAUAAUAAAACAUUUAAACGCCACUCCACUACCCUUGGCACAGAGAACUGAUGCCUUUAAUCUUUACAUUGAAAGCGUAUCUAGUAACUGCAUGUAUCUGUUUACGUGUGGUAAGUGCACUGCUUUACUUGUAUCACUUUUCAAGACAGUAAUACCGAGUUCUAAAUGGACGAAUGAUUUUGUCGCUCGAUACAUGGUUCUCAUAGUAUCGUUUUUCGGAAACGAUAUUACCAGUUACUUUAACGUAGUACUGUGAUUUCUGUUUUUACUUCUUAACUAACAAUUUUCUAAGGAUGUACUCCAACUCAUUGCUCGCUUACCCUCCACUUUUUUAUUCAUAUAUGUGCAAAACACAAGUUUAGCUCGUUAUGUACACAUACUGUUUUAGUCAAACGGGCUACCUAUUUUAAAGCAUUUUCUGUCAAUGUAUUUUUGAAAAAGAUGGAUUAGUUGUUGUCUUUGCCACAUCAUAGUUUGUAGGUGAAGCAAUGUAUUCAUUUUCCCUCAUGUACUCUGAUCCUCAUCCGUCUUCAUGAUCUUCCGAAAAUUUCAAAUCUUGGUACAAUUUUUACUUGAUAUUUUGUAACCGUAUCUGGUUCAUUCACGUAUUUGAAUUCUAAUAGAUAGCAUACAGUUUUGAAUUUCAGGUUAUUUAUCAGUCCUAGCAAUCUGAUAUCGUGCGGUGGUGUGACGUUUCUUAACUCCUACUAAUAAAUACAGUGAACGGUACUACUCCCAUUCACUUCGCCCCGCUAUCUAGAGCAAAAAGUCGUCAACGAUGGCUACAGUAGAUUCUAAAAUACAUUUUGGAUAACCAGUUGAAUAUCGACUAAGAUAGCUAUAGUUUAUGAACAUAGUAGUUCCCAAUAAACCAAUUAUGGUGAAAAAUGCAUUGAAAGUCCAUAGACAAAAUUCAUAAUGUAUAAGUUUGUGUUAAAAUCGUUCAUCCUAAGUAAAUAUUGAUUUCCUCUCAUGUUGUAUUUAGGUGCUUGGUGUCUGUAAUAUAACUAUGUAGUGUCAUUAAUCCUUGUGCUUGCUAAAAGAUUCUGAUAAUAUACAAACACACGCGUUUUGUCCCUUCGUUUCUGGAUAAAUUUGUCGUAUUCUUUUGAUUCUUUGUCACAUUUUUGGUUAUUUGUUCCGUAAAAGUCUUAUAACUGCCUACUAUAAUUGUCAAAACGACAUACACAUUACUUAUGUCUUAUUUUCCAUUACAUCCACUGAGUUUAACUGUUUUUUCGGUUGUUUACUUAUCCUUGUCUAUUUUCCUGUUUUUUGUUGUCAGUAUUUUUUUGAUGAAAACAGAAGCUGUACCAUACUCUAGUCAUAGAUAAGUUGUAUAUGAUUGGUCUUCUGACUCGAAAAUUAUGACUUCUUUCGGAAAAUAUGUUAGUAAUUUUGUCAAAACAGCUGUUUCGUCUAUUUCUCCUAAUAAAGUAACACCUUACACUUUAAGCCAAUACGAAUCUGAAUAUGAAAAGUGAGUUCAUUUUAAAUAUUCAAAUACAAAUUUUUCCUAGUUGUGAACAAUUACUACAACAAAAGUCAAUUUAUUAUUUCUACAAAGUGGCAAAUCAUUUUGAUAUGGUUUACUUACCUGGAUCAGUUGGCAUUCCAGUCAAUGGAGAGACUGUUUAUGCUUACAGGUGUUUAUCUACUUUCAUUUAUUAAAAAUGUUAUUCACUCUUAAAUUUGUCUAGUUUAUUUAGAUUUCAAGGCGAACAAGAAGCAGGCGUCGCUGUAUUUUUAAGAUACAUAGAAGUUUUGGAUCCUCUGCAUUUAGCCUGUAUGAACAUGAGCUUAUCCAUUGAUCGCACAUAUUUGGAGAAAAUAACUGCACACUGUCGAAACCAAUGUGGCUGGUCAGCUGCUCAUGUAGCUGCAGCAAUGUCUUGGCGUGAGGUUUUUUUAAGCGAGUCAGUAAACGGUCUUUUAAAUGAAUAUGAUCCUCUUUCUGGUCUAACUCCACUACGAGUCGCAAUCAAAGAGAAUGAUGAAGAGACAGUUCAGUCUUUAGUAACUAUGGAUAAUAUCAAGGCAACUGAAAAAGAUGAGGAUGGUAAUACUGUUCUCCAUUUGGUUUUGGGAGAUACUUCGGCGAAAAUUUUAUCUCUUCUUCUUGAUAAUCUUCAAAGCUUAGAUGUGAAUGCUUUGAAUAACAAAGGUGAAUCUCCUUUACAUAUUGCCUGUCGUAAUAAUUCUAUGGAAUGCAUUGAAAAACUGCUUAAAGCUGGUGGUAAUCCUAUGAUUGGUGAAUUUGAAUCAUUUCCUAUUCAUAUUGCUGUCAAUAAUGAUUCACUUGAAUGUGUUAAUCUACUUUACACCUAUUGUCCUAAUUGUAUCAAUCUACCAGAUUUAAUAAAUCAUAAUACUCCAAUUCAUUUGGUGCAUAAUCCGAAAAUCUUUGAAAGACUGUGUGAACUUGGAGCUAAUUUAGAUGCACGCAAUGAUUUAGGAUUGACUAUUUUACAUAUGAAAGUACGCGAUAAUAAUUUCGAAGAUGUUUUGGCCUUAUUAGUUCGUGGUGCUGAUCCAAAUUUACGUAAUGCUAGUGGAGCAACUCCUUUACAUUAUGCCAUGACUUAUAAUGCAUCGAUUCAUAUUAUUCGUGCAUUAUUGGCAUUUGAAGCGGAUCCUUAUGCUCUAAACAGUAAUCAGCACAGUUGUCGACAUUUAUUAUGUUGUAAUGCUGAGAGUUAUGUACCUUCACCUGAUCGAGACUUAGCCCUGUACACUUUGGAUGCAUUAGGUAUCAGUCGAUGUCCUCCUGGGACUGUGGAUUGUACAGAAGGUUGUAUGGACCUAGAAUGUGCUGAAAAACGUAAUCUAUCUGUAUUUAAUGGUACACCUCCAGAAGUAGUUCCUCAUUUAGCAGAUAUCACACGUGAAUCAAUUGAAGAAAUUCUCUUAUGCACUACUUCAGUUGAUUAUAACCCUUCACAUCAAACAAGUCAAAUGACUCAAUCUCAAACAAUGUUGAAUAAUGACUUAUCAAAUGGUAUGAUUCCACGUUCAUACAAUUCUUAUUCAGAAAACGAUGAUGUAAAUCAGAGUAAUAUUAAACAACGACAUUCACAACAAUUUUCACAUACUCCAAAGUCGCAUCGACGAAUGGUAUCUUUACCAAAUGAUAAUAGUGUACAGUUAGUCAGUCAAUCCCUGUCUGACGGUAGUGUACACCUGGCAUCUUUUAGUGUUCCCUCUGACUCAGAAACUGAACUCACAUCGAAUUCACAUUCAACUGAACAAUUAGGUUAUACUAAAUUUACUAAUGUAACAAAUAAUUCACAACAAUCCUCUGACAAUACAAAUCCCAGGAAAGUACAUUUACCAGUAGAGGCAACAUGUAAUUUCAGGCCUACAAAAUGUAAUUGUGAUCCUUCAGUGUUCACUAAACGUAAUGGAAUACCUAUGGAUUCAGGCACACCAUCAAUAAUAACAACAACAAAUUGUGCUACUGCUAGUACUUUUGACACUAUUCCUACAAACACUGAUAUUGCUGAUAUAUCUAGAAAUAAGGGGGAUGAUUCGGACAAAUUCACCAAUCAUAAUCAACUGUCUGACUUAGAUACAUAUGAUGAUGAUCAUAAUCAUUGUAAUUUUACCGGUAAUCAACAUGGUCUUAAGAAAUCCAAAAAAUGGAAAGUUGGACCUAAUGGCCUCCGUGUUCUGUCACUUGAUGGUGGUGGUAUGCGUGGAUUAGUUAUCGUACAAUUACUUCGUGCUUUAGAAAUAGCAUCUGGAAAGAAAAUUACAGAAUUAUUUGAUUGGAUCAUUGGUACUUCAACUGGUGCAGCGAUAUCACUAUUUCUAGUAUCUGGCAAAUGUUUACAUUGUUGUCGUACAUUAUUAUUUCGAUUCAAAAAUCUUGUCUUCUGUGGUAAACGACCAUAUCCACCGGAACCAUUAGAAAUGUUAAUGCGUGAUGAAUUCGGUGAUAAUACUGUAAUGACCGAUUUAAAAACAGUCAGAGUUGCUGUAACUACACUUGUCAGUGAUCGAUGUCCACCAAUAUUGCAUAUGUUCAGAAAUUAUAAAUCUCCCCGUACUCGAAUACAACAAAUUUUAGAAACACGUCAAUCUGGAUUAAAGUCUUCUGUGUAUCAACGAACAAACAGAAGAAACAGCGGAUUAACUCAUCGUCAGUCUACUUCCGCCCUUGAGCUUGAUCGUGAAACUCAAUCUACAAAAUCAUCAACACUUUCAACUUCUCAAUCUAUUUUAAAUUUUUUCUCAAAUGCUCAGGGAUUGUUAAUAGGUAGUGAAACAAGUACCAACCUUUCAACAUCUGACACUGAAUUAAAUAAUCCGUUUGAACAAAUGCCUGAAGAUAAUGAACAUCCAGUUUGGAAAGCUGCUAGGGCUUCAAGCGCUGCACCGACAUAUUUUAGACCUUGUGGGCGUUUUUUGGAUGGUGGAUUAAUUUCAAAUAAUCCAACACUAGACAUUUUAACAGAAAUUCAAGAAUUACAACUUUUACAACGUUUAAAAAAUAAACCUAUAACUCCUAUAGCAGUAGUUGUUUCUCUUGGGACUGGACGGUUGCCUGUAAUGCCUGUAGAGACAGUGGAUGUAUUUCGUCCACAAAAUAUUAUGGAAACAUAUCGAUCUGUACGUGGUUUCGGAUUUCUUGGUCGUAUUCUGGUUGAAAUUGCAACCAUGUCAGAUGGUCGAGUUGUUGAUCGUGCUAGUGCAUGGUGUGGUUCACUUGCAGUACCAUUUUUUCGAUUAAAUCCUCCAUUAUCAACUGAUAUUAGUCUUGAUUCUACUGAUAGUAAAGAACUUUUACUAAUGAUUGUUGAAACUCAAACUUAUUUACGUCGAGUUCACGAACGGAUUGAACUGUUAGCUUCAUUGUUGCAAUAGGAUAUAUUCUUAUGUAGAAAUUCACUUGUUUUACAGGUUAUUUUUUAAGAUAUUUAUAUAAUGAUUCGUUGAUUAUGACCAUUAUUAUCAAAUAAUUUACUAUUGUUCAGCAUACAUACUUCCGUCAAAGUUUACGGAAAGAAAUAAGAUUCCCUGCUAAAAGUUAUUGUUCCAAUUUUUGUUUAUCAAUUCUUGACCUUUGUUUUCUAAUCAUUUACAAAGCUUUCGGAAUUUCUUUUUAUAUCUUUUAUUCAUCGUACAGAAUUGAUUUUAUUUAUACUUUGAGUAAUAACAUUUUAAUAUCUUAUUUUGUAAAACAAUUUACGUGAUAAUCAGUAUGCAUACAUAUAGACAUACUGCUUCAAACUUUUCCCCAUCAGCUUAUCUAUUUUUUUUUAAAUUUCGAUUCCGAUUUUCAAUGUGUUAAGAUCAUCAAUUGAUACAUUCGAAAAGAAAAUCACUUUUUGAUGGGAGAGAAACUGU